AUCACCAUAUCUCUUGUACAAGAUGGCAACUCUCAAGCUUUCAUCACAUCUUCUCAUUGUUCUUUCUAUAGCUACGGUCAUUUCAAUCUCAUACACGAUGACUUGCACAGAAGCACAAAGGUACAAAUUACCUAGUCACGUAGGAAUAUGUUACAGCUUCAAUUGCUACGAAAUACCCGAUUCGGAUAAAAUCGCGGGCAUAUACAAAAAGUAUGGAAUCACGAAAAUGCGAACAUACGCACCUUUGCCACCUCUUCUUGGGGCACUGAACGGCACUGGCAUUGAGCUCCUCCUUGGCAUCGACAAUCCUGACCUCCCCAGCUUAGCCGAUAGCGAAGCCGCGGUGGAGGCCUGGUUCGACACCAAAAUCGUGCCUUUCCUCGACAACGUUAAAAUUCCCUACAUUAUUGUCGGCAAUGAGGUUAUGCCUGGCCCCUCCGGCAAGUUCCUUCUUGGUGCCAUACGUAAUGUACAGAACGUUCUUGAUAGACGUCGCUUCCCCUUUCUCCAGAACACCAAAGUAACGACGGCACUGAACAUGGGUUCAUUAAAAUCCACCACAAUGAACCCAUCACAAACCACAUUCAUAGACGAAGCCAAGCCACUGGUGACACCAAUCUUGCAACACUUACAAGCCCACGGCGCGCCCAUCCUACUCAACGUCCUCCCCUACUACGAACACUACUAUAACCCCAAGUUUCUCCACGCCGACUACGCCCUAUUCACGGCGCCUGACACCGUGGUUCAGGACGGUCAAUUUAGCUACACCAAUUUAUUCGACGCCACGGUGGAUGGCUUCCAAUGGGCCAUAGAGGAUGCCGGUGUCAAAGGCCUCGACAUCGUGGUGUCAGAGAGCGGGUGGCCCCACGCCGGUGCACCCAACUUUGCCUCCCCCGAAUUGGCGGCGACGUACAUUAGGAAUUACCUGGGACAUGUGUGGAACCGUCCGGGCACACCUAAGGUGCCCCCUUCUAAGAUUCUUGCUUACUUCAUUUACAAUCUCAUUGACGAGAGUCGUAACCAAGCUGCCCGAGGGGAUCGAUACUUUGGGUUGCUCAAUCAACAAUUACUCCCUAACUACGAUUGUGGCCUAUUUCCUUAAAACUAAUUCCUUUGCUAUUAUUGUUCUAUUUUCACUGUUAUCAUAAUGCAAUUACCUUUAUACCACACUGUCAUCACACUCAUAUUUAGAUAAUUAAAAUAUGUCACCUCCUAUUUUGAUAGUUCUGCUCCAUGUUACUCUUAUU